UAAAUUAGUAGCUGUGUGAAAGUCGGUUUCGUCAGAACUUUCUUACAAAAUGAUAUGAAUUUGAAACAGACAUUGACCUGAUUUAAAGAUUUUAAAAGUCACGCUAGUUUGUCAAUUUUGUCAAUCGUAAUUUGCAUCGCCCUUCCGCUUGGACUUGCUCACUUCCACAGCACACAAGAGACAAGACUGAAGACAAGAAAACAAAAGGACAGAUUCUGCUGAGUGUUACUUUCAAAGGUUUCAUUUGUCAAGAAAAUGCCCCGCGAAAUAAUAACACUGCAGUUAGGACAGUGCGGAAAUCAAAUUGGCAUGGAAUUUUGGAAACAGUUAUGCACAGAACAUGGAAUUAGUCCAGAGGGGAUAUUAGAAGAUUUUGCUGUUGAGGGAACUGAUAGAAAAGAUGUGUUUUUUUACCAGGCAGAUGACGAACAUUACAUUCCGAGAGCCGUUUUGUUAGAUUUGGAACCGAGAGUCAUCAACACCAUCAUGAACUCUCCUUAUUCUAAACUGUAUAAUCCUGAAAAUGUUUAUGUCUCGAAAGAUGGAGGAGGGGCAGGAAACAAUUGGGCACAUGGUUAUGAACAGGGUGAACAUCAUUACGAAGAAGUUUUUGAUAUUAUUGACAGAGAAGCUGAUGGAAGCGACAGCUUAGAAGGUUUUGUUAUUUGUCACUCCAUAGCUGGAGGUACUGGUUCGGGCAUGGGAUCUUACAUAAUUGAAAAACUCAAUGAUCGUUUUUCAAAGAAAUUGAUUCAAGCAUACUCUGUUUUUCCAAAUCAAGAUGAAAUAUCUGAUGUCGUUGUUCAGCCAUACAAUUCACUUCUCACACUCAAAAGACUGACCCAGAAUGCUGAUUGUGUCGUUGUUCUUGACAAUACAGCUCUUCAUAGAAUCGCUGCUGAUCGACUUCAGAUAGAAAAUCCAACGUUUGCUCAGAUCAAUCACUUGGUGUCAACUGUGAUGUCCGUUUCAACAGCAACGCUUCGUUACCCUGGCUACAUGAACAAUGACUUGAUUGGAUUGAUUGCCUCGCUGAUUCCUACCCCUCGAUUACAUUUCCUCAUGACUGGCUACACGCCUUUAAGUAGCGACGCUCAGAUGUUAAGUAUUCGCAAGACAACUGUCCUUGACGUCAUGAGAAGACUGCUUCAACCAAAAAAUAUGAUGGUGUCAACUCCUGUGACUCGACAAGCCAAUCAUUGCUAUAUUUCAAUCUUAAACAUCAUACAAGGGGAAGUUGACCCAACACAGGUUCAUAAAAGUUUACAAAGAAUACGAGAAAGGAAGUUAGCACAAUUUAUUCCAUGGGGCCCAGCCAGUAUUCAAGUUGCUUUGUCCAGAAAGUCUCCGUAUGUUCAGUCAGCAAACAGGGUCAGUGGUCUUAUGCUGGCUAACCACACAAGCAUCUCUUCACUAUUUGAAAGAUGCAUCAGGCAAUAUGACAAAUUGCGAAAAAGAGAAGCGUUUUUAGACCAGUUCAAGAAAAUGGCUGUAUUCAAAGAUAAUCUUGAUGAGUUUGAUCUAUCUAGAGAAGUUUUACAGUCAUUGAUUGAUGAAUAUCAUGCUGCCACAACUCCUGGCUAUAUCAAUUGGGGAACUCAGUCUUCUUUUAUUUAAAAAUAUU